AUGCCUGAAUUACCCGAAGUAGAAACUGUUCGCCAAAUUUUAAUCAAUGCUGGAGUAGUCAAACAAACUAUCCAAAAGGUUGAAAUUUAUAAUAAUAGACUAAUUAAAGAAAUUGAAGAAAAAGAAUUCGUUAAUUUGUUAUUAGGUCAAACCAUUCAUAAAAUAGAAAGAAAAGGCAAAUGGUUAUUUUUUAUUCUAGAUACUCAUGUAUUAAUUAGCCAUCUAGGGAUGACCGGAAAAUAUUUUGUGGAUGAAAAUUUACUAGAUCCGGAACAAAAAAACGCUACUAGUUUAAUUUUUCAUUUAAGCAACGGUCAAAAACUAAUUUAUUGUGAUGCUCGUCGAUUUGGAAAUUUUCGUUUGCAAAACCUAGCAGAAUAUCAACAAUUGAAGCCUUAUAAGGACAUUGGACUUGACCUGCUUAACGACCAAGUUAAUAUUGAAUAUGUAUUUACUUGCUACCAAAAACGCAAAAUCUCCAUUAAAAUUGCUUUACUAGAACAAGAUGUUAUUAGUGGAAUUGGUAAUAUCUAUGCUUCAGAAAUACUUUUUGCUACUAAAAUCUAUCCUUUAAAAAAAACUCACGAACUUACUUAUUCAAAAGUAGAAAAAAUAAUUUCUUCGGCUCAAUCUAUUUUAAAAGAAGCUUUGAAAUUAGGAGGAACUUCGGCUUUUGAUUUUAUUAAUCCUUUAGCUCAAAAAGGCAGUUAUCAAACUAAAUUAAAAGUUUAUGGUCGAAACAAAAAACCAUGCUAUAUUUGUACCAAUUUAAUUGAACAAAAAGAACUUAAUGGGCGGAGUACUUUCUUUUGCUCCAAAUGCCAAGUUAUCUAA